UAUAUUCAAUUUGGGCGUUUUGGUUUUUCCUCACUCACUCUCUCUCCCCCCCUCUCUCUCUCUCUCUCUCUCUCUGAGAUACCCACCUGGGAUGUUCCCUCUGCAAGCGUAGACAUUGUACAAACUUGUACAUGGAUGCAUGCUGGUGAUGAUUUCCUUUCCUCCUCCAAGAAAAAGUAAGGACCAAAGUCUUGGAACCAAGAGUCUAUUUCCUAUUUCUCAAAGACUCAAUCCUCCUUACAUAGUUCAGAUUCAGAUCAAGUUUCUGAUUAAUGGGGCAGUAUUGAAGAUUGGUUCAGCAGCUUUCAGAGAUAAGUUUGAGAGUCUUCAUAGUUGUUGCUAUAGGUUUUUGAGUUUGGGAUUGGAAUGAUUAUAUUAACUGAGAGUUAGCGGAUGGGGAUCGAGACAAUGGGGUCUCAAGGUGUGGGAGAUAGUAAUGGCAAACAGUCGGAAUUCCAGCCAUUGGUGCGACAAAACUCAAUGUACAGUCUUACACUCGAUGAGGUUCAAAAUCAGUUAGGUGACUUGGGGAAGCCACUUAGCAGCAUGAACCUUGACGAGCUUCUAAAAAAUGUUUGGACUGCUGAGGCCAACCAGUCCACAGGUAUGGACAUUGAGGGCACAGCACAGGCCAAUCAAACUAUGCUGCAGCAUCAGGCUAGCCUUUCAUUAACUAGUGCUCUGAGCAAGAAGACAGUGGAUGAGGUUUGGAGAGAUAUUCAGCAAAGUAAAAAUAACAAGGAAAAGAAGUCUCGGGAGCGGCAGCCUACUUUGGGAGAGAUGACAUUGGAGGAUUUCUUGGUGAAAGCAGGAGUUGUGGCUGAAACAUCUUCAGAGAAAAAAGGUGCUGGUCCUGUUGUGGUUGAUCAGAAUGUAGCCCCACAGUUUCCACCGCAAGGUCAGUGGAUGCAGUAUCCACCACAACAAUAUCAACAUCCACAACAAGGUAUGAUGGGGGUUUACAUGCCCGGCCAGCCUAUACCACAGCCACUGCACAUUGGGGCUGGUGCUGUGAUGGAUGUUGCAUAUCCGGAGAAUCAGGUAGCAUUAUCUUCACCUUUGAUGGGAACCUUGUCGGACACACAGUUGUCUGGUAGGAAAAGAGGCAUCCCAGAGGACAUGAUCGAGAGGACUGUUGAGAGAAGGCAGAAGAGGAUGAUCAAGAACCGAGAAUCUGCUGCCCGUUCACGAGCAAGGAAGCAGGCUUACACUAAUGAACUGGAGAACAAAGUUUCACGUCUGGAAGAGGAAAAUGAACUGCUCCGGAAACGGAAGGAGCUAGAGAAAAUGUUGCCAUCUGUACCUCCUCCCGAGCCAAAGUAUCAGCUUCGCAGAACAUCAUCAGCCCCAAUCUGACAUCUGUAUUCAUUCAUGGAAGUAUGUAGACAUGAUGCAUUUUGGGAUGCUCCUUUUAGUUUACUGUUAGGUGGAUGAAAGCACUCGCCCAAUCUCCCUCUGAAUCAACCGUCUGUUGCAUCCUUGAGGAUGGUUUACUCCUCCCUAUUAUGGGAUGUUGCUUGUAUCUAUUUCUGUGUCAAAUUAUUCACCAAAAUUUCCAUCACUCUUUGUACUAUUUCACAUUCACUAAUGAGUUUUGACAGAAGUUUGGUAUAUAGCCUCUUUCUCCUA